AUGGUUCCAGCGUCAAAAACGGAAUCGCAGUCCCAUCCUCUGGCAGCAACAACCCAGGUUAAGAACGAAGCAGGCGGCUUUGUGUGGAAAGUGAACGACAUGGAGAGGUUAAGGCGUUUUCUUGUGCUUGGGUGCGAAGGCGGGACUUACUAUACCACGGAGCAGAAACUUGGACAAGAGAACGCUCAGGCCUUGCUGAGAAUUAUCACCGAAGGUCGUGGACCAGAGGCGGUAAAAAUUAUCGUUGAAUACAGCACCGAUGGUCGUACAGCCAAACAAGACCCGAUCAUUUUGGCCUUAGCUAUGUGCGCU